AUGGCGACCUAUGUUGGUUCGUCUGGAUGCUGCCACGUCGUAGGUCCCUCGGAUGGCAUGGAAACCUUCCACACCAAAGUCGUCCCCGAAGCAGCUGAAUUACUCCUCAAGGUCCAUGACGUCGUUUUUGCUGGCAGGCCGAAACUCCAAUCCUCGGAUUACUUGACAUGCGGCGCCAAGGGCUUGGCUUUUGCCCAGUAUGGUUCCUAUUGGCGAACGGUACGAAAAUGGUGUAUAUUGCAUCUACUUAGUGCUUCGAAAGUCGAAUGCUUCGCCCCCGUCAGGAAGGCGGCAAUGGUGUCAUUAGUAGAAUCGGUGAGGAAGACGGCGACGGAGGCUAAAACGUUGAACAUUAGUCAGCAGGUAGGUAAGGCUGUUGAAGUGAUCAUGUCAAGAGUUAUUUUUGGCCCGUGUAUGGAUGACGAAAUCGAAUUUAAGCCACUAAUUGAAGAGGCCCUGUACUUGGGUGGGGUUUUCAACAUGUCAGACUACGUGCCUUUUCUUGCUCGACUUGAUCUUCAGGGACUAAAAAGAAGGCUCAAGAGGACGACUAAUGGCCUUCACGCAAUUUUUGACAAACUAAUCGAUAAACAUGAACAAGGAUCGACAAACACUGAGGAGCAAAAAUCUUAUACAGAUUUCUUUCAUGUGAUGAUUUCGUUGUUGAACAAACAGAUGAACCCUACCGACAAGGAGCAAUAUAUCAUCGGUAGAGAAAACAUCAAGGCUAUACUGGCGGACAUGGUGGCAGCUUCGUUCGACACCACAACUACAGCCAUCGAGUGGACACUUUCGGAACUUUUAAGGCACCCUAGAGUGAUGACUGGUCUCCAGCAAGAGUUGGAAACCGUUGUCAGAAGGAAUCGAAUGGUCGAAGAGUCGGAUAUACCGAAACUUACUUACUUGGGUAUGGUCGUCAAAGAGAGUUUCAGGUUGCAUCCGGUGGCACCCUUAUUAGUUCCACACGAGUCGACGGAAGAUAUCACCGUUAAUGGAUAUUUCAUACCCAAAAAGUCGCGAAUCCUGGUGAAUACUUGGUCCAUGGGACGAGACCCCAAAGUGUGGUCGGACAAUGCAGGAGAGUUCUUUCCAGAAAGAUUCGAGGAUAGCAGCAUAGACCUUAGAGGACAUGAUUUCCAACUCAUCCCUUUCGGAGCUGGUCGAAGAGGAUGCCCUGGAAUGAAAUUAGGGCUAACCACCAUGCGUUUAUUUAUAGCUCAAUUAGUCCAUUGCUUUGAUUGGGAGUUGCCCGAUGCUAUGUUGCCUAAUCAACUCGACAUGACCGAGAAGUUUGGUCUCUCAUUGCCCAGGGCUAAGCAUUUGUUUGCAAAGCCAACCUAUCGUUUAGUUGGUUAAAAUGUUUUUCAUGUUUUUAAUGGUGCAAUGUCUGUUUUUGCAGUACAU